CGAUCAGUAAGUAGGUGUGCUGCGUUUCCAUCUCGAAUUUCGAGAGCACCACACGUCUGGGUUCUCCUCUUCGACACGAGGCAAGAUGGUGGUCUGGAGCAGUCUUUGCCGUGCAGCUGGUCAAAAAUUGCUGCAAAACGGCGCUUUUCGAGCAUCAUUAGUGAACAAGGAGCUAGCAAGAUGCAUGUCCGAGAAACGUCUAAUGGUGAUACAGCCGAGUCGCUUUCAAUGGCACAAAACGAAAGACUGGUUCCACUUCUACUUUCUGCUGGGUUUCAUUCCUGUUAUCAGUGGGAUCUUCUUAAUUAAUGUCUUCAUUGGACCUGCUACACUCGAACCAAUCCCGGAGGGUUACGUGCCUAAAGAAUGGGAGUACCAUCGGCAUCCCAUCAAGAGAUUCUUUCAACGCUACCUGUUCCCAUCACCUCAGCAGGAAUACGAGAAAUAUUUGCACCAUAUAUACCAUGAGAAUCAGGUUAGACAAGUUCGAAUGCUCGAGCACCGGGUAGAAGAAGCGAUGGCCCAAUAUCGCGACUUCAGAGGUCCUUACUUCAAAGAGUACUACGGCUCCAAGUAUCUGUACUCAUACAAACAGAAAAAAGAGGAACAGGAUUCGAUGCAGUAAAAUUCUUAGAGUGGAAUCCAUCAUUUUACUUUGUGAGAACUGUUUUGAAUGAGAGAACACCACAAAGGUGACAAGAUUACUCUAUCAAGUGUAGAUCAUAUUUGUUUUAGAAUUUAAUUAACUUGUACUGCCGCAGUAAGUCGCAGUUUCAAAUCUCUGCCGAUAGAUAUACACAUAUAUCGCAUUGUACAUAUAUAUAUAGCUGACGAAAUAAAGAGUUGGCGAGAAGUUUUUCUGAAAGAGA